GCAGAUUCUUUCCAACCUUGCACUCUACUCAGCUCGCUUCGGCACCUCGGUGGGCGGUGGGUGCGGGUGGCGGAGGCGAUUGAAGCUGCUGGCCCAGCAUGUGGUGCGCGAGCCCAGUUGCCGUGGUGGCCUUUUGCGCCGGGCUUUGGGUCUCUCACCCGGUGCUGGCGCAGGGCCAGGAGGCUGGGGGGCGACCGGGGGCCGACUGUGAAGUAUGUAAAGAAUUCUUUUUUUUUUUUUACAAGUCAUUGAUAGACAGAGGAGUUAACUUUUUUUUUUUUUUUUUAGAGAAAGAAUUGAUCAGCUUUUGCUUGGAUAUUUUUUUUUUUUAAAACCGCCUGUGCUAUUAUUUUUUUUUUUUAAAAGAUGCAGCCACGAAGAUCCUAAGUGAAGUCACACGCCCAAUGAGUGUGCAUAUGCCUGCAAUGAAGAUUUGUGAUUUUUUUUUUUUGUUGGAUAGCCAGAUCUGUGAGCUGAAAUAUGAAAAAACACUGGACUUGGCAUCAGUUGACCUGCGGAAGAUGAGAGUGGCAGAGCUGAAGCAGAUCCUGCAUAGCUGGGGGGAGGAGUGCAGGGCCUGUGCAGAAAAAACUGACUACGUGAAUCUGAUCCAAGAACUGGCCCCCAAGUAUGCAGCGACACACCCCAAAACAGAGCUCUGAUCUCCAACGCCAGCACAUUUGUGACUUGUAAUUAGAGAGAAAAAUGACCCUCUAGUAUAUGGACAUGUUGAUUAAGGAUAACUGGGAAAUACAUCAUAUUUGGUCUCAC